CGGAUUUCAACCAGAAGCCAUGGCAUCAGCACGUCUGAACGUCGUGGACGAGUUCAUGGGGUACCUGAAGGACCCCGAGUCUGCGAUUGCGGUGGCGGUGAUCAAGGUGCUCACUGGUGUCAUUCAGCACUCGGAGGCGAGCACGAUGAUGGAGAUGGAGAGCGCGUUGCAGGAUGCUGCGUCCCAGCUCAAGGCAGCGGCGGCCGCCAAUUCGCCUGCGGACAACAAGAACAUCGCGACGCACUCGACGUCCGCGCAGUCCCUGUCCUCCAUCUCCGUGACAGCAGGGUGUCAGCUCUUCCUGCGCUACGUCACGCGUUGCUUCCUCGAGUUCGACGAUUUUGACCAAUGCAAGAGCCAGCUCAUCGAUCGCGGCAAGCUCUUCGCCGAGACGUCGUCCACGAGCCGCAAGCGCAUCGUGGACUUUGGCCACAACUUUGUGCGCGACGGGAUGGUCGUGCUCACCCACGGUGCGUCGCGUGUGGUCACCAAGGUGCUGCUGCAAGCCGCCAAGUCCAAGCACUUCUCCGUGGUGGUGACCGAGGGCCGACCAAACGGCGCCGGGUACAAGACGGCCGAGCUUCUCUCCAACGCGGGCAUCCCCACCACCGUUAUCGUGGACGCCGCCAUGGGCUACUACAUGGAGCGCGUGAGCAUGGUGAUCGUGGGUGCGGAAGGUGUGGUCGAGAACGGCGGUAUCGUCAACAAAAUCGGUACAUUCUCGUGUGCGAUGAUUGCGCACGCGAUGAAGAAGCCCUUCUACGUGGCCGCGGAGAGCUACAAGUUUGCGCGGCUGUACCCGUUGAACCAGCACGACUUUCCCCACAGCCGCCGCACCGACGAAUCGGUUGUUAGCAUGCUCGCGCCGUCGUGCACGUGCGAUCCCGAGCUCGUACUUCCCAGCCACCCGCUGCUCACAGCCGGAAGCCCCGCGUGCGACUACACGCCGCCCCAGUACAUCUCUCUCCUCUUCACGGACCUCGGAGUGCUCACGCCGUCAGCCGUGUCGGAUGAACUGAUCAAGCUUUACCAAUAAUCAACCAGUUUCUUUUGAUUUGGAA